GAACCUCUUGCCGUCUUCUGUGCUUUUUUUUUUAAAAAAAAAAAAUCGGAUUUUUUUAUUUUGCUUUUUUAAAAAAUGGAAAACGAGAUAUUCACACCUCUUUUGGAGAUAUUCAUAUCCAGCCCUCUUGUUACAUGGGUUAAGACAUUUGGACCGUUAGCUGGAGGAAAUGCAACCAACUUGGAGGAAUAUGUUGCACUUGUGGAUGGAGUCUUCUUGAAUGAAGUCAUGCUCCAAAUCAACCCUAAAACAGCCAGUCAAAGAGUAAAUAAGAAAGUUAACAAUGAUGCAUCACUUCGAAUUCAAAAUUUGUCUAUUUUGGUGAGGCAAAUCAAGUCAUACUAUCAGGAGACAUUGCAACAAUUGAUUAUGAUGCCUUUGCCAAAUGUCUUAAUAAUUGGCAAAAAUCCCUUUUCGGAACAAGGCACCGAAGAAGUAAAAAAGCUACUUCUACUUCUGCUUGGCUGUGCAGUUCAGUGCCAGAAGAAAGAAGAAUUCAUUGAAAGAAUCCAAAGUUUAGACUUUGAUAUAAGAGCAGCUGUUGCCGCCCAUAUACAAGAGGUAACUCAUAAUCAGGAAAAUGUGUUUGAUCUCCAGUGGAUGGAUGACAAUGCUUUGUCACAAGAGUAUACUGAGCCUCUCCUAAAAAGUAUGGCAUUGCAUUUAAAACGACUUAUAGAUGAGAGAGAUGAACAUUCUGAGACUAUCAUAGAACUCUCUGAAGAACGAGAUUCUCUUCAUUUUCUACCUCAUGCAUCAGCAGCGCAAUCGCCUUGUGGAUCUCCGGGCAUGAAACGCACUGAAAGCAGACAACACUUGUCAGUGGAGCUAGCAGAUGCCAAAGCAAAGAUCAGAAGGCUUAGGCAAGAACUUGAGGAGAAGACUGAACAGUUACUGGAUUGUAAACAAGAACUGGAACAAAUUGAAAUUGAAUUCAAGAGACUGCAGCAAGAGAAUAUGAAUUUGGUUUCGGACGCUCGUUCUGCCAGGGUCUACCGGGAUGAACUUGAUGCUCUCAGAGAGAAGGCAAUCCGGGUGGACAAGCUUGAAAGUGAAGUCAGCCGAUAUAAAGAGAGGCUACACGAUAUCGAAUUCUACAAGGCUAGAGUAGAGGAGCUAAAAGAAGAUAAUCAAGUACUGCUGGAAACUAAGACAAUGUUGGAAGAUCAGUUGGAGGGAACCCGAGCCCGUUCUGAUAAAUUACAUGAAUUGGAAAAGGAGAACCUACAGUUAAAGGCUAAACUACAUGAUAUGGAGAUGGAACGUGAUAUGGAUCGGAAGAAAAUUGAGGAACUUAUGGAGGAAAAUAUGACACUAGAAAUGGCUCAGAAACAGAGUAUGGAUGAAUCGCUGCAUUUGGGCUGGGAACUUGAACAGAUAAACAGAUCAUCUGAACUUUGUGAAGUGCCACGAAAGUCACUUGGUCAUGAAGUGAAUGAACUGACGUCAAGUCGGUUAUUGAAACUAGAAAUGGAAAACCAAAGUUUGUUAAAGACAGUAGAAGAACUACAAAAUGUGGUGGGAUCUGCAGAAGGAAGUAAUUCAAAAAUAUUGAAAAUGGAAAAGGAAAACCAAAGACUAAGUAAAAAGUUGGAAGGACUUCAGAAUGAACUGGUUGAAGAGAAGCAAAGUCUUCAGAACAGUCAGAAUCUCAGCAAAGAUCUGAUGAAAGAGAAAGCACAGCUUGAAAAAACAAUUGAGACUCUGAGAGAAAACUCUGAGAGACAGAUUAAAAUACUGGAACAGGAGAAUGAGCAUUUGAAUCAAACAGUAGCUUCUCUCAGACAGCGUUCACAAAUCAGUGCUGAAGCGAGAGUAAAGGAUAUUGAAAAGGAAAAUAAAAUUCUUCACGAAUCUAUCAAAGAGACAAGCGGUAAAUUAAAUAAGAUAGAAUUUGAAAAGAAGCAAAUGAAAAAAGAGUUAGAACAUUAUAAAGAGAAGGGAGAAAGAGCAGAUGAGUUGGAGAAAGAAGUUCAGCAUCUUGAAAAAGAAAAUGAACUAUUGCAGAAAAAGAUUACCAACUUAAAGAUUACAUGUGAAAAACUAGAUGCUUUGGAACAAGAGAGCGCCAGUUUAGAUGUUGAAAACAGAAAACUGAAAAAGACCUUAGAUAGCCUGAAAAAUCUCAGCUUUCAAUUAGAGUCCUUGGAAAAAGAGAAUACACAACUUGAUGAAGAAAAUUUAGAGCUCAGAAGAGCAGUCGAAUCUUUGAAGAGUAACAAUAUCAAGGUAGCUCAGUUGGAACUAGAAAAUAAAGAACUGGAAAGUGAGAAAGGACAGCUUCAGAAGAGUCUGGAGCUUAUGAAAACGUCUUUUAAGAAGACUGAACGUUUAGAAGUGAGUUACCAGGGUUUGGAUACUGAAAACCAAAGGCUGCAGAAAGCCCUAGAAAACAGCAACAAAAAAAUUCAGCAUUUGGAAAGUGAACUACAAGACCUAGAGACAGAAAACCAAGCACUACAAAAAAAUUUGGAAGAACUCAAAAUCUCUAGUAAACGCUUGGAAAAAUUAGAGAAAGAGAAUAAGCUGUUGGAACAAGAGACGUCUCAACUGGAAAAAGAUAAGAAACAGCUAGAAAAGGAGAACAAGAGGCUUCGACAACAAGCCGAUAUUAAGGAUAGCACAUUAGAAGAAAAUAAUGUAAAAAUUGGUCACCUGGAAAAUGAGAACAAGUCGCUCAUUAAGGAAAUCGGUGUAUGUAAAGAAGCUUCAGUUCGACUGAAGGAAAUUGAAAAGGAAAAUAAAGAGCUUGUAAAAAGAGCUACAAUUGACAAGAAAACGCUUGUCACGUUGCGAGAGGAUUUGGUGAAUGAAAAACUGAAGACUCAGCAGAUGAAUAAUGAUUUAGAAAAGCUUACACAUGAACUUGAAAAGAUAGGAUUAAAUAAGGAGCGCCUCUUGCAUGAUGAGCAGAGUACUGAUGACAGCAAGUAUAAACUGUUGGAGUCAAGGUUGGAGUCCACACUGAAGAAGUCACUUGAAAUAAAAGAAGAAAAAAUAGCUGCUUUGGAAGCUCGACUAGAAGAAUCCACAAAUUUAAACCAACAGCUGCGACAGGAACUUAAAACAGUGAAAAAGAAUUAUGAAGCCCUUAAGCAAAGACAAGAGGAGGAGAAAAUGGUACAGAAUUGUUCUUCAAGAAGUGGUGAAGAAAGUCAAUCUGUCAAUAAAUGGGAAAGAGAGAGUCAGGAAACUACUAGAGAACUUCUGAAGGUUAAAGAUAGAUUAAUUGAAGUUGAGAGAAAUAAUGCAACUCUGCAGGCAGAGAAGCAAGCCCUGAAAACCCAACUAAAGCAACUUGAGACACAGAACAAUAAUUUGCAAGCUCAGAUUUUGGCACUUCAGAGACAGACUGUUUCCUUACAGGAGCAAAAUACAACCCUGCAAACUCAGAAUGCCAAGCUUCAGGUGGAAAAUUCUGCUAUUAAUUCGCAAAGUACAUCUCUUAUGAAUCAGAAUGCACAGCUGCUGAUUCAGCAGUCUGCCUUAGAAAAUGAAAACGAAUCCCUAAUCAAGGAACGGGAAGAUCUGAAAUCACUAUAUGAUUCGCUAAUUAAAGAUCAUGAAAAACUGGAACAGCUUCAUGAACGGCAAGCUGCUGAAUAUGAAUCUCUCAUUUCCAAGCAUGGAAACCUCAAGUCAGCACACAAGAAUCUUGAGGUGGAACAUAAGGACUUAGAAGACAGAUACAAUCAAUUGCUUAAACAAAAAGUGCAAUUAGAAGAAUUGGAAAAAGUUCUCAAAGCAGAACAAGAGAAGAUGUUACAGCAAAACAAAAAGCAUGAAACUGUAGCAGCAGAAUACAAAAAGCUUUGUGAAGAAAAUGACAGACUGAAUCAUACAUACACUCAGCUUUUAAAAGACAAUGAAGUUCUCCAAAUGGAUCAUAAAAAUUUGAAAACACUACUAAACAGUUCUAAACUAGAACAAACACGAUUGGAAGCUGAAUUUUCCAAGCUCAAAGAACAGUAUCAGCAGCUGGACAUCACAUAUACAAAACUGAAUAAUCAGUGUGAGUUGCUUAGUCAGCUAAAAGGAAACCUGGAAGAAGAAAACAGACACCUACUGGACCAAAUACAGACAUUAAUGCUUCAAAACAGAACAUUACUAGAGCAGAAUAUGGAAAGCAAAGAUCUCUUCCACGUUGAACAAAGGCAGUAUAUUGACAAGCUAAAUGAACUGAGAAGACAAAAAGAGAAAUUAGAAGAAAAGAUUAUGGAUCAGUAUAAAUUUUAUGAACCAUCUCCCCCAAGAAGGAGAGGCAACUGGAUUACACUGAAAAUGAGGAAAUUGAUAACAUCGAAGAAGAAGGAUGUUAACCGAGAACGUCUCAAGUCUCUGACUCUCACACCGACCCGUUCGGAAUCUAGUGAAGGAUUUCUUCAGCUGCCUCAUCAAGACAGUCAAGAUAGCUCGUCAGUGGGCUCAAAUUCACUUGAAGAUGGUCAGACUGUGGGCACUAAAAAAAGCAGCAUGGUUGCACUGAAAAGACUGCCCUUUUUGAGGAACAGACCGAAGGAAAAAGACAAAAUGAAGGCCUUCUACCGUCGCUCCAUGUCCAUGAAUGACCUGAUGCAGUCCAUGGUCCUAGCAGGAGGGCAAUGGACAGGUAGUUCUGAGCAUCUGGAGGGUCCUGAUGAUUUAUCUACGGGUAAAAGGAGAAAAGAAUUGGGAUCUAUGGCCUUCUCUACUACAUCCAUCAACUUUGCAACUGUCAACUCUGCUGCAGGCUUGAGAUCCAAGCAGUUGCUUAAUAAUAAAGAUGCUACAUCUUUUGAAGAUGUAAGUCCACAAGGAAUUAGUGACGAUUCUAGUACAGGAUCAAGAAUUCAUGCUUCCAGACCAGCCAGCCUUGAUAGUGGCAGAACAUCCACUAGCAAUAGCAAUAAUAAUGCCUCACUCCAUGAAGUCAAAGCAGGUGCAGUUAAUAACCAAAGCAGGCCUCAAAGUCACAGCAGUGGAGAAUUUAGCUUGCUUCAUGAUCACGAAGCAUGGUCCAGCAGCAGCAGCAGUCCCAUCCAGUAUCUGAAAAGCCACACCAGGUCUAGCCCCAUGAUCCAUCAUAAAAUGACAGAAACAGUGGAUAGACAAGGUACACGGAGAAUUAAGACUGACUCACCAGGAAGUGAAGUGGUUACUCUGCAGCAGUUUUUGGAAGAAAGUAAUAAGGUUACUUCCACUGAGAUCAAGUCCUCAAGCCAAGAUAAUCUUUUGGAUGAAGUAAUGAAAAUUUUUUCUGAAAAUGCUGAAUUAGCAGGAAGAGAGAAGCUAAGGAAACAGUCAUCAGGCAGCAGUGGUAUUGCCAGAUCACAGAGUGUGAAAAGCACAAUGGAGUUCUCUGAUGGAAAGUUAGUAAGGCCCAGUUCUCGUAAAAUGGAAGAUCCCAACUUCUCGAACUCUUCAAAAACACUUACUGUGGGCACUAAAGGAAGGACCAAGUCUGUUAAAGAAAACAUGCAAUCACAGCGACAAUCAAAAGAUUGCAAUCCUUAUGCUACAUUACCUCGUGCAAGCAAUGUGAUUUCAACAGCAGAAGGAACUACCCGGAGGACAAGCAUCCAUGAUUUUUUAUCUAAGGACACUAGGCAGCCGGUAUCCAUUGACCCAACUCCACCUGCAGCUGACAGAAGCAUCGCAUCAGCUUCUAAUGUGGAAGCUAAACCAGAAACCAGACAUUCAAAAAGCAGGUCUAGGGAGCAACAAAGCUCCUAGUUCUAUUACCCCCACUACAUGAGAUGUGGGCCAAGUGAGAGAAAAGUGUCCUUCAGUAUCUCAAUAUGAAGCCUUUAUUUCUGAAGUAACAAGGCAUCCGGCUAUAGGAAUCAUGGUGUGUGUGGUUUUCUUUUUAAAAGAAAAAAAGUUGACAUUUUUUACAGGCCUACAUGAAUAGAGCAAUCAAGAAAUACACCUCUUCUUUCCUUGAAUCAAGGAACUGUACUGGCAUCUCCUGCUGAAUUUUUUAAAAGACAGACUAUAUUGCACAUUGCACUGUUAAGAUCUACUGAAUAAAGGGACAAUUUUCAUCUCUCUAAGGACCAAGGGUUGUGCGGUCUCAAGAAUUUCUCCAGGAACCCAAUUAUUGCUUUCUUCCUUUAUCAGCUUAGUUACCAAUUGCUUACUGCUUCUGCUAAUAUUUAGUUCUGUAAAUCUGAAAUGGAAAAAAAGGCUGUAGUAUAUUGUGGAAUUUGUUGUAAAUACAGGUACAAAAAAGAGCCCCACAAGCAUAUUAGUGCUUCUCAGCCUGGGUUUGCAAAAUUUGCAUGUUGUUGCUCUUCGCAAGACAAGAUUCUGCUGUUUAUUUGGAUGCUUAUGGCAAGAAGAAAUGGUUUAGGUACCUGAAAACAAAACUGAACACUUUAAUCCACAUUCUACAUUCAUCUUUUCUGUAUGUUUUCUACGCAACAAGUAAUACUACACUAUAAUAUUCUCAUAUCUUUGGCAGAAAAAUGAUGGAAGAAAUAUUUCUGGAACUUUCUUUGUCCAAUAAAACCAUUUGUGUUUUCAACAAAUACCAACUCUAGAAUAAAAUUCUUACUUUAAAUAUUUUGUAUUUUUUUUAUUUGUGAUUUUUGUUAUGAGCUGGUUAUGACUUAAGAGGAAGUUUUAUAGGAAAAGACAAACGUAAAUAAUGUCAUAAGCCUUUUUUCAAACCAUUCCUUUUAUUAGGUUGCUUGUUAAUAAGUCACCCUGUUUUUGUUCCGUAUAAUUUUAUAUGCAUUACAGUUAAUUCAUGUUGUUGGUACUCUUUAAAUCUUUGUAUGUGUGUUGUCUUAAACUCUUGCAAAGAGCACAAGAAAAUAGAUUUGGUUAAUCCUUGGAAAUGUACAUGAAGUUUUCCUGGUUUAUAUUACACUUUAAAGCUUAUUUUCUUACAUGCCACUAAAUGUAUUAAUUAUAUUUCUACGACAUGUAUCAAAUUUAACCUUUUAUGCUUCAUUCAACUCUGCUAAUACUUAUGCACAUACUUAUCUUUAAUCCCAGCACACUUUAUUUUUAUCUCAGCCAAACUAUCCUCAUGUAAGGUUAUAGAAUAUCCAAGGCCUUGCUAAUUUGGGGCCACUGCCUAUAUUAACAUUGAACACACUUUUUUUUUAAAAAAAAAAACAUUUCACACAACAUGUAAAAUACUUAUUUACAAGCCAACAGGAUUUUGCUGACAAUCACUAAUGCUAUUUUGGAUAAAUCAGAAUAGAUUCUGCUCCCUCUAAUGGCAAAUGGAAGACAUGUUGUAAGGUCUCACAUGCAGUCACACCAAGGGACAGAUAGGCAAAACUGCUAGUAACCCCAAUCAAGUUCUGGGAGCACCACACAUACAGAACCUGAUCACACCCAUGGCUGUUUGACGUGCACUCCUAUACAGCAAGCUAUAUAACAAGUCCAGCCACCAAAGCUGGCUAUCCGGUGACCCAGGCCUUUACCCACCCUUAAAAAAGGGCUGCUCACAGUGAGAUUGUGUGGAGGGCCUAUUCAGCUGCCACCUAGCAAUUGUACCCGUACUUCCUAUAGCUCCUGAGUCUAUGCAUUCAUUCACAUGCAUGCUUAACAUACCUAUGUUGAAGGUGUUGCCAGAAUAAAAUGUAAACCUAUAAGGUUUGCAAUGUGUAUUCAGCUGUCUUUGAUUUUUUUUUAGCGUAGGGAGAACAGAAGAGACUGAUAGUCACAUGAAGGUCAACAGAACAAUUCACUUACUUUAUUAGACAAAGAAUACUGUUCUUACCCAUAGCAGCCACCGUUGUUACCUAGGUCUACCUAACUCAGGUCACUGCACCUUGUGUGUAUGUAGUGCAGAAUCUAUGUGAACCUCCUUGGUGCAUCAGCUCAUUCAAGUAAAUUAGUUCCUGUUGAUCAAAUUGACCGAAGGCAAACAUCACAAUAGAAUUGGAUCUGACUCUGAAAGGAUCAUUAGAAAGUAUA